AUGCCCACCCUACUCAUUCUCUUCUUCAUGAUCCUUUUUCUCCUGGAGUUUAUGGCAGCAAUCCUAGGAAAUAGUUUCAUCAUCAUAGUGCUGGUCAAGGAGUGGGUGCAAUGUUGGACCCUGCCCCUUGGUGACAUGAUCUUGACAGGCCUGGGCAUCUCUCGCUUCUUUCUACAGUGGGCAGCAGGUCUUAGCAACUUCUACAGAUAUUUCUCCUCAAAUAACGGAAGUCUAUACCUUGGCAUUUUCUGGAAUUUUACUAAUGUGGCCACAUUCUGGUUCACCACCUGGCUUGCUGUUUUCUAUUGUGUGAAAAUUUCUUCCUUCACUCACCCAAUCUUCUUCUGGCUGAAAUGGAGAAUUUCCCAAUUUGUCCCCUGGCUACUUUUGUGGUCCCUAUUGAUAUCCAAUUUGAUAUUGAUCCCAUCUUUUAUAAAGAACUAUCAGACUUUGUACCUAAUCACUGGAAAUUACUCAGAAAAGACCUCUUUGGACGAUAGGACAGGUAUAUUCCAGAGGUAUUUUUACCUGCCACUGAAAAUAUUUAUUUUGUUAAUUCCUUUCUUCUUCUUCCUGGUCUCCAUCAUCUUGGUCAUUUCCUCCCUGUGCCGACACUUGGGGAACAUGCAGCAGCACAGUGCUGGUCCUCAGCAUCAGAGUAUGCAGGUCCACAUUACAACCCUGAAAUCACUUUUCUUCUUUCUCAUCCUCUAUACAUCAUAUGUUCUGCCUCUGAUCAUUGCCCUCAUAGCACCUGUUUCAGUUUACAGCUCUUGGUUUUGGGUAUGGCAGGUAGUGAUCUAUGCUGGCAUCUCCAUCCAUCCUGCUUUCCUGAUCCUGAAGAGCUCAAAACUGAGAAGGGCUCUAAAGAAGAUGCUUCAUGACCCAGAGACUGUGUGA